GAUUGUCAGGUCAAGAAAAAUAAAUUCAGGCUUUUUCUGUGUUUAAAGUGAAGCUAUGGAAAUCAGUUUGCUUAUGCCUUGGCAGUGAAUAUUUACCUAAAUUCUAGCCAAUUUUUCUAUUUAGAUAUUAGAGUACAAAAUGCCAAUAAAUGAAAAUACUGCUUUGUAUUUUCAUUACUAUACUGUAGUAGUCUGCAACAGAAGGCAAACAGGAAGUGAACAAACCACAUUCCUGAUUACUUUUUCAGGUACUCUGGAUGUGUUCAAUAGCAGUUUCAAAAUUUCUAGCCCUUAAUGCCAAGUUUUGUUGCCAUCAUAGCUGUGGUGUGGGUGGAAAAGCCCAACCAGAAAUGAGCAGAUCUAACUGUAAGCUACUUUGCAUGUUGUCAAUUGACUAUAAAUUGCAGCAGUCAUUCACUCAGUGGAACAAGCUACAUAAUUCAGGUAAGAGACUUGCACAUUGCUGUAUCUAGCCACAGAUCUUCACUGAAGAUCAAUGUUCUUGUAAAUCACUUCUACCAGCUGUUUACUAACAGUGUUCUCAUAGCUUUUUAAUGAAUCCUGUUUAAUGUGAUCUCUUAUUUAAUAAGGUAUAAGAAAAAAUGUAACGUUAACAUCUUUUUUUUUUUUUAAUAUCAUUCAGAUAUUUUCAGGUACAUCACUGUUUAAACAACACAUCUUGUUUCCCUGGAUUUUACUUCCAUCUGAGGAUUGGCUAAAUGCAGAACCUGAUGGAUGGCAAAAGCUACUGUAACCUCAUCUGUGCUGAGGCUCAGCACAUCCAGCUGGCAAGGCCUUUCUGUGCAGACCCGCUGGUCACGUUUCACGUGUACCCAGAAACACCAAACCAGGUCCCUUUGGCCGAAGAUUUGGCAUUCCUUCCUUUCAUGUCGGAGCAUCUCAUCACGGAGACCUUCUACAGCGAGCCCUGCCCCUUUCCCUACCAAAUGCCCCAUUCCAGUCUCCACAAAAGUGAGUAUGGGUCAGCUUUCAUCAGGAAGAGGAAUGAGAGGGAACGGCAGCGUGUUAAGUGUGUCAACGAAGGCUAUGCCAAGCUGAGGCACCACCUGCCCAAGGAGUACUUGGAGAAAAGGCUCAGCAAAGUGGAGACCCUCCGUGCUGCUAUAAAAUACAUCAGGUACCUGCAGUCUGUGCUGUGCACUGACUCUGUGGUGGCAGGAAAAGGUGUCACGGAGCCAAACCAAGCGCCUAAAGCCACUAACAAACCAACCCAGUUUUUGAAUUCCAUCUGAAGUGUUCCAAGCCAGCCAAAGGCAUCCUGUCUGGGGAUGUAGUAGCCACUGUGUCAGUGACGUGUGUGUUCCUGGCACUUCUUGGGAGCAGAUCGUGGCACACGUCAGUAUCAGCCCACACAAGAGCUUUAACGUUGCUGGUAGUUACUACACUUAGAUAUCAGAGGGACAACUGGGAAAAUCUCAGCUGAAUGACUUAAGUUAAUUCAUGAAAAUCAGAACGACUUUCUAAAUUUGUCAGCAAGCUAAAAAUGUGAUACCUGUAUGUGUGAAGUAACUGUAUGUGUCAUCACAACCUGCAUGCUUUAAAAUAAAAUCUCUCUGCUUAUGGGACUGAGA